AUGGCAACCGAAAAUAAACAAACUCAUCAUCUUUAUUCAUAUUUUCGCUCAACAUGCACGAAUCGUGCUGUUAUUGCUAUGCAUCUUAAGGCACGAAGCCUUGAAUUCCAGGCCCUGAAUCCAAGCAAAUUCGUGCCAGUCCUUGUUAUUAAGGAUUAUGAUGGGAAUGAGACUGUUAUCACGCAAUCAAUUGCUAUUUUGGAGUUUUUGGAAGAAAGCCUCCCCACUCUGACACCGCUACUACCUCCAAGUGGUGAUCUUGUGCAGCGUGCCCAAGUCCGCGAGAUGGUGAAUGUGAUCACCAAUGAUAUUCAACCAAUUACCAAUGGGCGGAUCGCCAAACGAGUCCGUGCUAUUCGAGGCGAUGCUAAGGACCAGAUCAGUUUUGUAACGGACGUUUUUCUCGCUGGCCUCACAGUAUGA